AUGGCAAGUGAAUCCUGUCUCCCUGUGAGCGGGGUUGACAGUGCGCGGCAGGCUUUUCCUACCUGCUGGAUUGGUGACUCUCAAACCAAACUUCCAGUUGGUGUAAUCAGAUGUCCGAUAUGCCGCCAAGAAUGCAGACAAAUAGAUCUGGUGGAUAACUACUUUGUAAAAGACACAUCAGAAACACCAAGCAGCUCCGAUGAGAAGUCAGAACAGGUGUGUACAAGCUGUGAAGAUAAUGCCAGUGCUGUUGGAUUUUGUGUAGAGUGUGGGGAAUGGUUGUGCAAGACUUGCAUAGAAGCUCAUCAGCGAGUAAAAUUUACUAAAGAUCAUAUGAUCAGAAAAAAAGAGGAUGUAUCUUCAGAGGCCGUGGGAGCAUCUGGUCAACGUCCUGUUUUCUGUCCUGUCCACAAACAAGAGCAGUUAAAACUUUUCUGUGAAACAUGUGACAGGCUGACAUGCAGAGACUGUCAGUUACUGGAACACAAAGAACACAGGUAUCAGUUUCUGGAAGAAGCUUUUCAGAACCAGAAGGGUGCAAUUGAGAACCUAUUGGCCAAACUUCUUGAGAAGAAGAAUUAUGUAAAUUUUGCAGCUGCCCAGGUUCAGAAUAGGAUAAAAGAAGUAAAUGAAACUAACAAACGAGUAGAACAGGAAAUCAAAGUGGCUAUAUUCACCCUCAUCAAUGAAAUCAAUAAAAAGGGAAAAUCUCUCUUACAGCACCUUGAGAAUGUAACAAAGGAGAGACAGAUGAAGUUAAUACAACAACAAAACGACAUCACUGGUCUUUCACGACAAGUGAAGCAUGUGAUGAACUUUACUAAUUGGGCUAUUGCAAGUGGCAGCAGUACUGCUUUGCUAUACAGUAAACGGCUGAUAACAUUCCAGUUACGUCAUAUUUUAAAGGCACGUUGUGAUCCUGUCCCAGCUGCCAAUGGAGCAAUACGCUUCCAUUGUGACCCUACAUUCUGGGCAAAGAAUGUCGUCAAUUUAGGUAACCUUGUCAUUGAAAAUAAGCCAACUCCUAGUUACACUCCUAAUGUAGUGGUUGGACAAGCUCCUCCAGGAACAAACCACAUCAACAAAGCUCCAGGGCAAAUCAAUCUAGCGCAGCUUCGACUUCAGCAUAUGCAGCAGCAAGUGUAUGCACAAAAACAUCAGCAGCUGCAGCAGAUGAGGAUGGGACAGCCAUCUGGGUCAGUUCCCAGGCAGACGAGUCCACAAAUCUUACAGCAGCAGCCUCCCAGGUUGAUCAGCAUGCAGACCAUGCAGAGGGGUAACAUGAACUGUGGGGCUUUCCAAGCACAUCAGAUGAGAAUGGCUCAGAAUGCUGCUCGUAUACCAGGAAUACCACGCCACAAUGGACCACAAUACUCCAUGAUGCAACCUCACCUUCAAAGACAACAUUCUAACCCUGGACAUGCGGGGCCUUUUCCAGUUGUUUCUGUGCACAACACCACUAUUAAUCCAACUAGUCCUACUACAGCAACAAUGGCAAGUGCAAACCGUGGUCCAACAAGUCCGUCCGUUACAGCAAUUGAACUCAUUCCUUCUGUAACAAACCCAGAAAAUUUACCUUCCCUGCCGGAUAUCCCACCCAUCCAGCUUGAAGAUGCUGGUUCAAGUAAUUUAGAUAACCUUCUAAGUAGAUACAUUACGGGCAGCCACCUACCCCCACAACCUACAAGUACCAUGAAUCCCUCCCCAGGACCUUCAGCUCUAUCUCCAGGGUCAUCAGGUUUGUCCAACUCCCACACUCCUGUAAGGCCACCUAGUACCUCCAGCACAGGUAGCAGAGGAAGCUGUGGCUCGUCGGGCAGAACUGCUGAGAAAACUAGCAUUAACUUCAAGUCUGACCAAGUGAAAGUCAAGCAAGAGCCAGGGACAGAGGAAGAGAUAUGCAGUUUCUCAGGAACAGUAAAACAGGAGAAAACAGAGGAUGGCAGAAGGAGUGCUUGCAUGCUUAGCAGUCCUGAGAGCAGCUUGACACCACCACUAUCCACUAACUUGCAUCUGGAAAGUGAAUUAGAAGCAUUGGGAAGUCUUGAAAAUCAUGUAAAAACUGAACCAGCAGAUUUAAGUGAAAGUUGCAAACAGUCUGGACAUAGCCUUGUAAAUGGAAAAUCCCCAGUGCGGAGUCUAAUGCACCGAUCAGCUAGAAUUGGAGGAGAAGGCAAUAACAAAGAUGAUGAUCCAAAUGAAGACUGGUGUGCUGUAUGCCAAAAUGGAGGGGAUCUGUUAUGUUGUGAAAAGUGCCCAAAGGUGUUUCACCUGACUUGUCAUGUACCAACACUCCUCAGCUUUCCAAGUGGAGAGUGGAUAUGUACAUUCUGCAGAGAUCUGAGCAAACCAGAAGUAGAAUAUGAUUGUGACAAUUCACAACACAGCAAGAAAGGGAAAACAGCACAAGGUCUGAGCCCUGUGGACCAAAGGAAAUGUGAACGUCUCCUGCUUUACCUGUAUUGUCAUGAGCUGAGCAUUGAAUUUCAAGAGCCAGUCCCAGCCUCGAUACCAAACUACUAUAAAAUUAUAAAGAAACCAAUGGAUUUAUCUACAGUGAAAAAGAAACUGCAAAAGAAGCAUUCCCAACACUACCAGACUCCUGAGGAUUUUGUGGCAGAUGUCCGGUUGAUAUUCAAGAACUGUGAAAGGUUUAAUGAAAUGAUGAAAGUUGUUCAAGUUUAUGCAGAAACACAAGAGAUUAAUUUGAAGGCUGAUUCAGAAGUAGCACAGGCAGGGAAGGCAGUUGCAUUAUACUUUGAAGAUAAACUUACAGAGAUCUACCCAGACAGGACCUUCCAGCCUUUGCCUGAAUUUGAGCAGGAAGAGGAUGAUGGUGAAAUAACUGAGGACUCCGAUGAAGAUUUUAUACAACCACGUAGAAAACGCCUAAAAUCAGAUGAGAGACCAGUGCAUAUAAAGUAAUCUAAUGAUAUGGACCUAAAAUUUAUUGUAAAAACUGUUAUUUAAGUGUUCCUGGAAUAUUAUCAUGCCUACAGUGGUCAUCUUGAAGAAGCUGAUAGCUUUUUAAACAGUAUUAGAUUACAAAAAACACUUGUACAGAAAAGCAUUCUCAUCAAAAGGGGAAAAAAACCUGUAUUGUAAAUUUUUGGUUGUGGGGGUGUCGCUGUUGCCCAAAAAAAACCCCCGAUUAUUUGCUAUAUUUUUUCUUUUCCUGAUGGAGGGGACACACUCAUCCUGGUCUCACAGGUAGAGGUGGAUGAAUGUUGAAGAGAAGCAGGUGUGAUAAGAGAUGUUCCAUGUACAGAUAAGACUGCUUAGUAAAAUGUUCUGCAGGACUGGACCAAUACAGUUACUGUAUCUUGCAUUCAUGCUGGAUUGCAGUGUAAACUGCAAGCAAUGUUUCUGAAACCCCCUCUUUGUGUGAACUUAAGUGCGUGUUGGUCAUUGCUUUUAUCAUCUCAUUUAAGUGGUAUUGUGAAUAACUGAUCUUCCGUGUUGAUCCAAUUAUCUAAAUUUGACUUUCUUUACUACAUUUUAUGUAUA